GCUUGGCCCCGCUUCUCAAAUUUCCUGCCCACACCUACUCGCUCGUAUUAACCAGCCAAGUUUGUCUAGUCAUGAAGUAAUAUUUUCGCCCCUUUCGUGCUCAUCCCUACAUUCGCGAUCGGAUCGCCGGUCCAGGAAGAAACAGGACGAGGAGGCGUCGAGAAGCUGAGAUGAGAUAAAUAUGCAAAGAGGCGACUCUGCAAACCAUUCCAAUCACAUUUUUCCAUUAUCUUGGCGCUGAAUAAAAACAUAUACGUACGUUGAAGAGGAGCAUCUAACAGAGAGCCGGACAGCCGCACAGAAAACAGCUCUGCAUGUGAUAUCCUCGGAUCAGGUGCAUCGGCGGCAGAAGAUGCAGCCCGCGAGCAAGCUCCUGAGUCUCACCCUUCUGGUACUGAUGGGCACUGAACUCACCCAAGUGCUGCCUGCUAACCCAGAGGAUUCAUGGCAGGUGUACAGCUCAGCUCAAGACAGUGAGGGCAGGUGUGUGUGCACUGUUGUGGCUCCUCAACAGACCAUGUGUUCACGGGAUGCCAGGACCAAACAACUGAGACAGCUCCUGGAAAAAGUUCAGAACAUGACUCAGUCCAUCCAGAAUCUUGACCAGAGGACCCAGAAAGACCUGCAGUAUGUGCAAAGAAUGGAAGUGCAGUUGAGAGGCCUGGAAUCCAAGUUCAAACAGGUGGAGGAAAGCCACAAGCAGAAUAUCGCCAAGCAAUACAAGGCCAUAAAAGCGAAAAUGGAGGAACUUAGGCCAAUGAUACCUGUGUUGGAGGAAUACAAGGCCGAUGCAAAAUUGGUAAUGCAGUUUAAAGAGGAGGUCAAGAAUCUGACAUCAGUGCUAAGUGAACUGCAGGAGGAGAUCGGGGCCUUUGACUACGAGGAGCUUCACAACAGGGUGUCUAAUCUUGAGGAGAGGCUUCGUGCAUGCAUGCAAAAAUUAGCCUGUGGGAAGCUGACAGGAAUAAGUGAUGCUAUAACCAUAAAGACAUCUGGAUCAAGAUAUGGAUCCUGGAUGACUGAUCCGCUUGCCCCUGACGGUGAUACGAGGGUGUGGUACAUGGAUGGAUACCACAACAACCGCUUUGUCCGGGAAUACAAGUCAAUGGUCGACUUCAUGUAUUCAGACAACUUCACCUCACAUCGACUUCCUCACCCCUGGUCAGGCACAGGGCAGGUGGUCUACAAUGGCUCCAUCUACUUCAAUAAGUUCCAAAGCAACACCAUCAUCAAAUUUGACUUCAAGACAGCUACCAUCAGCAAGUCCGGUCAGCUGGAUUAUGCCGGCUUCAACAACCGUUACCACUAUUCCUGGGGUGGUCACUCCGACAUUGACCUAAUGGUGGACGAAGGUGGGCUUUGGGCCAUUUAUGCCACCAAUCAAAAUGCAGGGAACAUUGUCAUCAGCAAAAUCAACCCACUUACCCUGCAGGUCAUCAAAAGCUACACCACCAACCACCCAAAGAGGAGUGCAGGCGAGGCCUUCAUGAUCUGUGGGACGCUUUAUGUCACCAACGGAUACUCAGGAGGGACAAAGGUCUACUAUGCUUUCCAUACCAACUCCUCUACUUACGAAUAUAUCGACAUCCCCUUACAGAAUAAGUAUUCUCAUAUCUCCAUGUUGGAUUAUAACCCUAGGGACAGAGCUCUUUACGCAUGGAACAAUGGACACCAGGUUCUGUAUAACGUCACCUUGUUCCACGUCAUUCGCUCUGAGGAACUCUAAAGUGACAUUCUCCACCAUUUGAGAUACACAGUAGCACUGGUAUAGUUUAUUAACGAGAAAUUGAGUAAUGCCUGAUGAUUGUUCAAUAAAAGAAGACAUUGAAAUGUAUCAAAAGUAAUAGUUAAUUGCAAUGUAAUGAACAGCUGCCAAAAGGUCUUUUUUUCUUUUUUAGGCUUUUCUUAGAUGACUAUGUUUGAACUAUCGCUGCAAAAAUAUCGCUGCAAAAAAUAUCAAUUUACUUGAGAAGCAAAUUGCAUAAAAUGAUGUUUUUUUUGUUUUGUUUUUAAGCAUAAAUUACAUACAGUAUAUACUGUAUAUUAUCUGAAAACAAACCCAGUUUUGCUUCAAGUAAAUUUAUGUUGAUUUUUAGGUAUAUUUAGAUAUUUUAACUGCAAAACAAAAACACUAAUUAAUCAAAUUAUUUUUCAUGGUGUUCUUAGUACAUGUGCAGCUUUACGAACAUGAUUUAUUUACAUGGUAGAGGGCAAAGAAGGGUGACGUAAGAAAGAUGUCAUUUCGUUACCCAGUUAUGUCCUUUGUAUCGAGAGCAAUCAAAACUAACUAACAUCAAGUAAAGAACUGAAGGCACUGACUGUUGGAGGCACUCUUUUAAAUAACGGCAGCGUGUUGUUGUGACUGUAUGUAGUUAGAUUUUUUGCAAAGAUUUGCAUGAACAUUUUUAGCACUACGUUUUACAUUUGAAUUAUUUUUCUCACAUUUAUAUAAACCUUAUAUGUGAAAAAGAGAUUAGAUUCGUGAUGGGUUUGCUAUUGUUCUUGUCAUCUUUCAUUUUUGCUGUAUCUUUUGUUGUUUUUAAAAUCUGUGUUCAUAAAGUGACUUAAAUAGUAGGAUGGAUUGUAAGAAAAAGAAACCAAGAGCAUAUAUAUAGAUAUAACUUGUCAGCAAAAAAAAGUGUCAAAAGACAAUGUGAAAACAUUUAUUUACAAGGUAUUAAUCUUUGACUGUAUUUCAAGACAGAUCCAUGUGUCAGCUGUUAGAAGAAAUAGAUGGCAUCAUCUAAAACUGUUAAGCUUGCAUCCGUGUUGUACUUGCAAUGUGAUUCAUAUCAAUAAAGUCAGUUUUUAUUUUACA